UCUUCUUCUCUGGCGGAAGUGAAAGAAUCAACACAUCAAUGGCAGCGACCUUGUUGAGAGCAUGAUGUUCAUAACAGUUUAACUAGUUUAACCACCUGAACAUGCUCCUGUAUCCACCACACUAGAGACAGUCUGGUGUUUAUAGUCUCCUCUCAUCGUUAUAACGUCAUGUUCUCCCUCAUCAAGGCUGCUGCCGGACUGACGGGGAUCUGUCGAGCUCACGGUCACCAAGGUCUUCUACACAGCCACUUGAAAGUCCUAGUAGCUGGCCUGAAGACGCAUGAAAUCCCUCCAGACUACAGUGAUGUGGUGCUUCCAGAGAAACCCAAACUGAAGUUUUUGAACAAGGUGCCUAACUUCAAAAAGGCCAAGAAAGAGAUGAAGAAGCUACGGGAUAUCCAAGGCCCAGCGAGGGCAGCAAAUACCUUCACUACAGGACAGUACGCUAUUGUGGCCCUAGGAGGGGGCUACAUCCAUUGGGGUCACAUAGAGAUGAUCCGUCUAACCAUCAACCGCAAGAUGGAUGCUCGGACUACAUUUGCCCGCUGGCGCAUCAAUAGCCCAUAUAAGCCUGUCACACGUAAAGGUCUGGGUCAGCGCAUGGGUGGGGGCAAAGGAGCCAUCGACCACUACGUGACACCUGUCCGCUACGGUCGUUUCAUUGUGGAAGUGGGAGGAAAGGUGGAGCUGGGGGAGGUUGAGCACAUCUUGAUUGAAAUUGCAAAGAAGCUACCCUUCCCUGCCAAGGUGAUGAGCAGAGAGAGCCUAGCAGCCAUGCAAAAGAAGCAGGCCGACAUGGAGCAGAACAACCAGAAUCCCUGGACCUUCAAGGAGAUAGCGCAGGGCAACAUGCUGGGUAUCAGGAAGGUGCUCAGCCCCUUUGACCUGCAAAACCACGGACGCUUCACAGGCAAAUUCCACCUCCCGUGGAGGGUGUGACAGACCUGAGGGACACAAAUAAAUACACUGUAACACCACCCAGACCACACCAUGGAAGAAGCAACCAAAAUAUUCAGUCAUAUUUAGGAAUCUUUUUUCAUUUUUGUUUUUUAUGCCAUCAAAUUAGUGGAAUUUGACAUUUUGGGAUAUUUCUUUCCAUUUCUGCUUAAAAAAACUAAUAAACAAGAUUAUGGAUUUCAGUUUCACA